AAAGAAAGGAAAAUAAUAUCAGCACAUCAACGACGGCGAGAUUUUAUCGACCACCAGUGAGCUCAUCAUGGCUCCUACGAACGGUCCUCGCAAUGGCAAGAAGAAGCAACCUGUGGAACGGACCAAGACGUUGAAGCGCAAGCGUGGACAAGAGGAACUCUCGUCCCUCGUCCAGCGAGUCGAAGGGCUCAAUCUGAAGGAUGCCUUCAAAUCCUUCUCCGAUUUGCCUCUCUCCGAACCGACUGCCUCGGGACUUUCCUCUUCUCACUAUAAAACCCUGACCGAUAUUCAGUCUCGUGCGAUUACCCAUGCUCUCAAGGGUCGCGACAUCCUGGGUGCCGCAAAGACCGGUAGCGGCAAGACGCUGGCUUUCCUGGUUCCUGUUCUCGAAAACCUAUACCGCAAGCAAUGGACCGAAUACGAUGGCUUGGGUGCUUUGAUCCUCUCUCCGACUCGCGAACUGGCUAUUCAGAUCUUUGAGGUUCUUCGGAAAGUUGGUCGUUAUCAUACUUUUUCGGCGGGGUUGGUUAUUGGAGGGAAAAGUUUGAAGGAGGAGCAGGAGAUACUGGGACGGAUGAAUAUUCUGGUCUGCACACCUGGCCGUGUGUUGCAGCAUUUAGAUCAGACUGCGCUAUUCGAAACAAACAACCUGCAGAUGCUUGUGAUGGAUGAGGCCGAUCGUAUCAUGGACAUGGGUUUCCAGCGUACGGUGGAUGCCAUUGUCGAGCAUCUUCCCAAGGAGCGUCAGACAAUGCUUUUCAGUGCGACACAGACAAAGAAAGUCUCGGAUCUGGCUCGUCUGAGUCUCCAAGAACCCGAGUAUGUGGCCGUCCAUGAGGCAGCUUCUUCUGCGACGCCUUCCACCCUGCAGCAGCACUACACCGUCGUCACACUCCCGCAGAAGCUCGACAUUUUGUGGAGUUUUAUUCGAAGCAACCUGAAAUCGAAGACGGUGGUGUUUUUGUCUUCCGGAAAACAGGUGCGAUUCGUCUACGAGUCUCUGCGACACCUCCAGCCUGGUAUUUCAUUGAUGCACCUUCACGGCCGACAGAAGCAGGGAGGCCGACUCGAUAUUACAACCAAAUUCUCUCAGGCCCAGCACGCGGUCCUUUUUGCUACAGAUGUUGCUGCUCGUGGUUUGGAUUUCCCCGCAGUCGACUGGGUUAUCCAGAUGGACUGUCCCGAGGAUGCAGACACCUACAUCCAUCGUGUUGGGCGAACUGCGCGUUAUGAGCGGAACGGCCGAGCCGUGCUGUUCUUGGACCCAAGUGAAGAAAAGGGAAUGUUGAAGCGUCUUGAGCAAAAGAAGGUACCAAUUGAACGGAUCAAUAUCAAGGCCAACAAGCAGCACAGUGUCAAAGAUCAACUGCAAAAUAUGUGCUUUAAGGACCCGGAGUUGAAGUAUCUGGGACAGAAGGCGUUUAUCUCCUAUGUCAAGUCGAUUUACGUGCAAAAGGACAAGGAGGUUUUCAACCUGAAGGAACUACCAUUAGAGGAGUAUGCGGGUAGUCUCGGUUUGCCUGGUGCGCCUCGUAUCAAGUUUAUCAAGGGAGAUGACACCAAGGAACGCAAGAAUGCCGCGCGGUUUGUUGGUGGCGAUCUCAGUGACGAGGACGAUGAGGGUGCAAAGAAACCCAAGGAAGAACCUCAAGUGCGAACCAGGUACGACCGGAUGUUCGAGAGACGAAACCAGGAUGUUUUGGCGGACCAUUACUCGAAGCUUAUCAACGACGACGGAACCAUUGUUGCAUCUGCCAACAAGGGUGCUGCAGACGAUGCCGACGAAGACAACGACUUCCUUUCUGUCAAGCGUCGCUUCGAUGCGGGCGACGAGGGUUUGGACGUGGGGUCCAGCGAUUCCGAGGGAGAAUCCGAGGAAGAAGAAGAGAAGGACGAGUCCGAGAAGAAAGAUUCCAAGGAUCCCAAGGUGGUGCAGAUGGCCGGCGACCAAGCGCUGGUCAUCGAUUCCAAGCGUCGCGAGAAAUUGCUCAAGUCGAAGAAGAAGCUUCUCAAGUACAAGGGCAAGGGAACAAAACUCGUAUACGACGACGAUGGCAACGCCCACGAGCUGUACGAGAUGGAGGACGAAGAGCAAUUCAAGGCCCGCGGCGACGCCAAGGAGCAGAAGGCCAAGUUCCUGGCGGAGGAGGCGGAGCGGACCCGUCUUGCGGAUAUGGACGACAAGGAAGUUGCCAAGCAGAAGAAGCGCGAGAAGAAGGAGAAGCGCAAGGCUCGCGAACGCGAAAUGGAAAUGGAAAUGGGCGAGGAAGGUUCCGACUACGAGACAGUCGCCCAGCUGGCGCCUUACCACGAGAAGCCCGGAGUCGACGAUGGCAUGUCCUCUGGCGAGGAAGAAAGGGCGCCGCGUCCCAGCAAGAAGCAAAGAGUCAGCUUUGCCGAACCCGACGACGAAGACGAGCGACCCCAGAAGAGCAAAAAGCCCAAGGCCCCAAGCAAGCCGAUCGAGACGUUGGAAGAUCUGGAGAAUCUGGCCAGUGGACUGCUGGGAUAAGAAGUGUUAUGUCUUUCAUUGUAUCUCAUUAUUAUUAUUAUUAUUUUAUUCCAUGUGUCGAGCAUUUCGGCUGUCUGUUUCUAGCGAAGGAUAUCAAAAGCAUUUGUAUAUAGAUCUCAACCAAGAAAGCUACUCUUCAAUAUCUAUGGGUUCAAUCAAGCCAAUUUAAAAUUAAAAUGAAGCCUUGUGGAUCUGGCUGCCAUGCGGC